CUUUGGUAACCAAGGGCUACCAAACCAUCUGAUCUCAAUGAAAUUCAACUAUUAUUCACAUUGCCACGUUUAAAUCAGAAUAAAUUCUCAUGUUACUGGCUACUUUAGUUCCCAAGUUGAUUGGUUUUCGUGCUUGUAUUCCCCGUACAUUAUCUGCGACGUUAUCCUCAUCGUCUUCUUCUUCUGGUUCCACAACAUCACUCAAUGAAAUGUCACUUCGAUCUUUAACAUUAGAUGAAGCCUUACAGUUAACUGACCCGUCAGGUAAUAUUCAUGCAGCUCAUUGUCUACUUUACUGUAAAACAGUUGAUGGCGAUGUGGAAGGCAUGUUUGGUUUGUGCCAGGUUCGAUUUGAUGGUCAACUAGGCUUUCCUGGUGGGGUUAUUAAAUCGGAAGAAUUAAGUUCUGUUAGUGGUAUGAUCGCUGGAUUACAAAGAGAGCUUGAAGAAGAGAUUAAUUUUUUCGUUCAAUCAAGUGAAUCCGAUCCAGAUGGUACCAAUGGAUUCCAACAUGUCUCGACUUACAUUGAUGAUUCUAUUCAAGCUAGCAAAUCACCCCUUCGUGUCAACAUUUAUCAUUUUUUCAUUAAACAAAUCAGUGAACAAGAAUUUAAGCAAUGUGAAGCCCAACAUGUUCAAUCAACCCAUUUCCCACUCGAAUCGUUGGGUAUUUUUCGUGUACCCAUGAUUGACCCAGAUAAUUGCAAAGAAACGACAAUUUUCAAAUAUUACAAGAAAAGAGGAACUUUUCUUGUUAAUUUUUUUAAACACUACUUCGCAGGAAUCGGCAAAAAUCAACUUUAUGAUUCUCUGGUUCAUCUUGAUUGUUUAACACCAAAUUAUUUGGCACAACUGGAACCAUAUAUCCGAAAGUGUGUCUAAGAACGAGCUUACUAAUUGUCUUUAUCCAUUCAUAUCAAUCAAUCAAAACUGAAGCCUACCAUUUCCAUUGACCGUUGUCAUUACCAAUAUCACAGUAUCGUCCUUACAUAUUGUCCAAGUGUCCGCUCUUAUUUUCCUGUUACACUAUUUUCAGCCUUUAUUAAUCAACUCGUUGCCAUUAAUUUAAUCAUAAACAUCAUCGAAAUUAUUUAAAUUUGGGAGAUUGAUUCAACAUUUGGCCAUUUAUUGAGUUACUUGAUAACAACAAAGCAAUACAGAUUACCAAAAAACAAAGCGAAGUCUUUUUGAAUGGCAUUGUCAAAUAAAACCAAUUUAAUUGUAAUUUUAGAUUGAUAACAAAAAGACAUUGGCACUUCUGAGUUGCGGAUGUAGUAACAUUGUAAAAAAGGAUGUUCUACAUCUUUCAACCAAGUGUAUUUUUGCUGAGAAAAUGAAUCAUUCACUAAAUGUACAAGACGAUAUCUUGAUUGAUUGACAUUUUCCAAGUUUGGGCAUUCUGAUUAGACAACAAAUUGAUCAACAAAUCUCACCAACAAGCAAAGAAGUUAUUUCAUUUUCAUAAUGAAAAAGAAACUGAUUGGAUUCCGAAGUGUCCAGACAACGCAUUUAAAAAGGAAAGUCUUCCUUUUCCAAUGUCAACCAUCCAAUGACCCGAAAAUCAUGAUACCAACUAAUCUAUUGAAUGUUCCGUUAGAAGUGAAAGUCUUAUGAUUAAUCAAUGUAUUCCGAUUCAAUCGAAUGGAUCAAUUCUUUUUCCACUUCAUCAUACGAUUCCACUUUAGCUGAAAAGUCGAAAAAAAACAAAAUUUCUGAAUAUAAUUGUAAUGAAACAAUGUAUUGAAUUUA